ACAUGCUGUCAGUUGCCAAAUAGGAAGCGCAGAACACACACCACACCGCUCUAAGUCGUGAGAGACACCUUACGGGUUGUUUAUGUGUUGUGGAUUGAAAAGACCGCGCACGUAAAGGAGGAACUAUAAAAGACUCGUGCGUGUUUGGAUAACUUUGGAGAAGAAUGCGCCUGAACGGUGGCAAGCAACCGCGUGCGAACCGGGCGGACAUCUGAAUGUUGCAAAUAUUCCGUGUAGAAGAUCGGGGACUGAAGGGGUGACGCAGAGCGAUGAACAACAAGGUGGGAGCGGCGAUGCUUGGGCAGCUCACUAUUCCCGUCAUUAUGUUCAUCUUCGGGGUGGUGGGCAACGUCACCGCCAUCGUGGUCCUCCGAGUAUCCCGAAAGGAACAGAAGGAGACCACUUUCUACACGCUCAUCUGCGGGCUGGCGGUGACGGACCUCCUGGGCACCCUGCUGGCCAGCCCCGUCACCAUCUGCACCUACAUGAAGGGCGCAUGGCCCGGGGGGGACCCGCUGUGCCAGUACUCCGGUUUCAUCCUCCUGUUCUUCUUCCUGGUGCAGCUCAGCAUCGUUUUCGCCAUGUCCGUGGAGAGAUACCUGGCCAUAAACCACGCGUAUUUCUACAACCGGCACGUCAACCAAAGGCUCGCUGCGCUCACUCUGUUGGCCAUCUACAUCUCCAACGCUUUCUUCUGCGCGCUGCCCAGCAUGGGGCUCGGGAAGGUGGCGCUGCAGAAGCCGCCGACAUGGUGCUUCAUUGACUGGCGGACCAACGACACGAGCGUCGCCGCGUAUAACCUGAUGUACGCGGGCGUGAACUCCACGCUGGUACUGGCCACGGUCAUAUGCAACGUGAUGGUGUGCGGAGCGCUGCUGUUGAUGCACAAGCGCUUCCUCCGGCGCACGUCGCUGGGAGCAGACCCGAGGCGCGUAGCAGAACUGGGACGCCGGCGGAGUUUCGGGCGUUUGGCCGGAGCGGAGAUCCAAAUGGUGAUCCUGCUGACCGCCACCUCCGCCGUGGUGAUCAUCUGCUCAAUACCUUUGGUGCUGAGGAUCUUCGUGAACCAGCUGUACACACCAGAGGCCGACCAGAAGAUCAACCCCGACCUGCUGGCCAUCCGCAUGGCCUCGGUCAACCCCAUCCUGGACCCCUGGAUCUACAUCCUCCUCCGGAAGACAGUGGUCCUCAAGGUGGUUGAGAAGAUCAAGUGCCUGUUCUGCAAGAUGGGCGCGCGGCGGCAAGGCGGCGGUCGCUUCCUCUGCAUGGACGAUCACAUGACCUCGUCUAUCGUCUCGCAUGACUCGCCGUCGCUGGCGUCCAACACGCUGAUGCGCGUCCGCGGGAUCUCCAAGUCCAACAAGUGCCCGUCGGAGGGCAGCCUCGACGGGAGCUUCUCGCACGCCGGCCAGCCGGCAGGGAUUAACACCGGCCACUCCGGCUCUCCAUCGAUGACGACGGAGAGCUUUUUGUUUGAGGGGCAGCGAAGUACAGCGGAGGGGUGCACGGCGGAGGGGACCGAGUCCGGGUGCGUGUUGGAGCCUUCGGAACUAAGCGGGCUGCGCACCGGGAACGGCAUGUCAUCGGCAGGAGGACUUGUGAUGGGCGCCAAGGACCACGCGCUUAACGUGACCUUUACCGACGUGGCGCAGAGCGCGCGGGAGAAAUGCAUCUGAACCGGGAACCGGACACAUUACUGAUGGAUACUAGACGGUGUCAUGUGACUACUGAGAUGUAGUGACUAUUAAGAGUCUGUGAUGGGUAUACUGAGAUGUAGUGAAUAUUACUGAUGGAUACUAGACUGUGUAAUGGGACUACUGAUGUAGGCUAGUGAAUAUUACUGAUGGAUACUGGACUGUGUGAUGAAACUACUGAGAUGUAGUGAAUAUUACGGAUGGAGACUAGACUGCUGCGAUGAGAGGCAGGCCUAGGCCUAUGGGAGAAAUGCAAGACUGAAUGUUUUACUCGUAGUUGUCAAUAUCGCAUUUUAUCUCUUGCAAAUAGCCUCCUACAAAAUACCCCCGCAAACAAUUGUAAUCUCAAAAACCAACUAGGUCUAGCCCUACAUUUACUUUCAUAUUGACUUUCUUUGUGUAAAGUGAACAUUUUAUUUUUACAAACCAAAAAAAUGGCUGAUUCUUCUGACUGGCUUUGCACUACCGUCGAUGUGUGUCUCAUGAUGUUAACUUUUUAGCAUUUCACAUUGUCUUCUCUGUGAGAAGAUCCAUAAGGUUAGGUUUCCAUCAAUUUCAGACCAUGCAUUCACAUUUUUAUAUUAAACCAUACUGGUUGUCAUGGCAGCAUGCAGUCCUACCCAAGCUAUGAAAAUAACUCAUUUCGACAUUUCCUAAGGCAGCUACUGUAACUUCUAGACAGACAUACAUAAUAGCCUACAACUUUAACUAGGCCUAUGCUCCAAUAAUGUGUAUUUCCUAAAUGAUCGCUCAAAGAAACGCUAUUUGAACUAAGACAUUGAUUUAAGUAUAAAUCAUUUGCUUUCUUCAAAGGUUUCCAUUGUUUCCAUCCCAUUGUGAAUAUUUUCCUAUUUAUCAACGUUAUAAUUUUUCACGAAUUAACGUCAUGAACCGCUGCUGAAUUCAUGUUAGAUCACACAUGCAAAUAUAAAUCUGUCUUUAUGACCACUUUAUAAUUAUAGGCCUAUCCAUUUCCAGUGAACUGUGUGGUGCCAAAAUUAAAUAAAAUAAAAUCCUAAAUCACAUUUAAAAA